GAUGUGCCGUGAAAUUUUGCCCUCCCCCUCUCCCAUAGGGUACAUCCCGGUCGGAAACCACCGACAUCGAUUCUGCCACCGACCAAGCCACCGUGGGGUUCCCCACCGCGAAAGCCGCCGCCACCAUUACGGUAGAAGCCCCGCACCUUGAACCUUCCACCUCCUUUCCAACCCAACCACCAUUGUCCCAACCGCCCCAAUCUCGACCCAUCGCCGAGCAAGAGCCGGACUUCUUGUCUGUAAUUGUUGGUCUCUUGCUAUUGGUUGGAGCUUCUGUCAUCAUAUAUAAGGCUUUGGGCGCUCUAACCUAGAUGAUGACAUAUGGAUUCGAUCCCUACGUCCCAGAAAUCAACGUCCAAUCGGUUUCGUUCUCCGUCCAAAAUAUCUCCUCAGCUCACAUAACUACGGAAGGAGAAAUCAAAUUCAACAUUACAAAGGCUGCAGAUUGCGCAGUUUCGAUAUAUGACGACAUUGUGGUGUCGAUUUUUUACAAGGAAAAACCUCUUUCCAUGACAGCGAAGGGGAGGCUGUGGCCGAACGAGUGGAUGGGACCGGAGGAUUUGGCCGAUGCGCAGACGCUAAAUAUCUGGUGCCCCAAUGUGAAAGUUGAGAUUGUCGCAAAAACAGGGCUGGGGACAAUGGCCGGGGGGGGGGGGGGGGGGGGGGGGGGGGGGUUGGGGGCCAUUGAAAUGCAAAUACCAGAUGGUGGGAAAUGGCAUACUCCACAAUGGCCUACGUUACAAUUGCCAGUUGUGUCACACUAUUACUCACCUCACAGCCAUGUGAUGUUGUUCCCUCCCUUCGCGGCGAAGGUGGGUGCAACACUUUUUAGACCCAAGCGGUUGAUUGCAGAAGUGAAGGCUCGGAUUGCUAUCCGAGUGUGA